UUAGAAGCGCAUUGAUAACUAAGAUUUUUGCAAUAUGGCAGCCUCCAUGAAUGUCAUGCUGAGCAAGCUGUGUGAUAAGAGUUUGACAUAUGAGGAUCUUGUUAUACAUUUAAGAAGAUUUAAUGACUCUCAGAUAUUUAAAUUCACUAAGUCAAACCUUCAUGAUACGAUUGGGAGGAUGCACACAUUUCUCCACACUGCUAGUAAUAGGACUCGUGGUUUGCUGAUUUUGACCAGUCUCAUCAGUCAAUGUGAUGCGGAAGAUUUAAACCAACACAUGUCCACUUGGCUUAAAGUCAUCAUUCACAUAUUACAGUCGAGGGAGCCCCCGGUGGUUCUGAAGCUGACCUGUCAUGUGUGUUGUCAGAUCAUCAGAAUAUCACCCUGCCACAUUUCCCUAAAGAAAGCUGUGCAGACAUUUAUACCCCAGCUUAUUCCUCUGCUUCUGGGAGCUUCUGACGAGUGGAAGAGACAAUCUAUAGCAGUACUGAACGCCUGUAUAACUCACUAUGGCGGGGCCUGUGGACCAUUUAAGAGUAAAAUUGAAGACCUUAUCAAAAAGGAACUUCAUUCUGGCUCUCUGACCAAGGAGUCUGUGCUGUGCUUCUGUCUGUUGGCCUGCUGUGGCACCAGUGGUAAUCAGAGGAUCAAAUACACAGAGGGCUGGAGUUCACAGGUCACUCACCUGUUAAACGACCUCCACUCUAUAACUGACCACAUCUACAGAGACCUACCCAACUCAGGUUUACCAAUGACUGAGGAAGAUGGUAUCCAAGAAUCCUUUGGGGCAGUAGAUCCAGUGACACAAUUCAGUAUUCUCAUGCAGUGUCUCCAGAGGAUGCUCAGGAAAUCCUUCCCCGCUCUGAUAAAACUGCCUGUUGAGAGGAUUCUCCACUUUGUUGAUAAAGUUCUCUCUGUAGAUGACGCCCAAUUAAGGAUGGUGAGUUCACUGAACAGCUCUGUCCUACUCCUCCACAGAGAAGCAGUGGAUGUUAUUGAUGCCCUGUAUGAGAGUUGUAAAAAAUUGAUGUUGCCAUACAACAAGAAAGUUGUUCGAGUGUUAACAAGAGAGCUGAUACGGACUUCCUCUGACUCUGCAUACACACAAGCUAAGCCACUCAGAGAGCUAAGACAGGCUGUGUAUAGAACUCUGGAGACGAUGAUGAAAUCUACUGGCUGUUUCCUGGAAACUGUGAGGGAGGAAGAUAACCUGGUUCAGGAAAUACUGACUGACUGUAAACCACUGGAGUGUAAGAGUUCACUUCAAGUACAGAAUGUGGCAGAGCCUUCACCUUCCAAGAAAAAGAAAAUGAUGGUCAACACUGAUAAGGUGGACACAACCACAGAGCUGCUUAACAGGGUGACCAGUACCUGUACAGAAUGUGCUUUACAAGCAUUGUACUGGUGGACACUUGCAGAUGGAGUCAAAAUGAAGACCAAAACUUUUCAGCGAGUGUGUGAUUUCAUUAUCACAACAGCAUUGACAGUGUACAGAGGUGGACCUGACAAGUUAUUCCCUUACAACAACUGGAGAUGUAGGCUCCACCUACUGAGGGUCCUACAGGCAUGUGUGAUGACCCCACACAAAGAAGGGUCAUCACCUCUACAGUGUGCAGUGGCCAUAUUCAAAAUAGCAGAGCAAGAUGACAAUCUACAGGUUUCCUCGUUUUGUAUAGAAGCACAAAGAGUUUGUGAGAUUCUGAUACAUCCUCGGGCUCCUUGUUUGACUGCCACACGAUUUGUGACUCAGGAGAAGAUAACUCCUCCAGUGUCUGACAGCAUACUGACACCAAGUGGCAGUGACAGUCAACAGCCAGGCAGUGACUCACAGCACUCAACCAAUCAAAGAGUGUCUAACAUUGUACUGACAACAGGCAAUGAUAGAUCUCCUAGUCAACAGACAAACAGCGACACAGCUCACUCAACCAAUCACACACGAGAUUCAAGUCACCUAUCACCUGAUGUAGAAGAAAACACAGAUGGCAUUGAGAGCAUGGAAACUGGAAGGGAGGAAGAGAAUCAGGGUAUACUAAGUGAAAUUGACAGCAACUCAUCUUGUGUGGAGGUCAUAGAUACUCCCAAAAAUCAGGAGGGAGAAAAUGAGGUCAUAGAGACACCUCAACCAUCCCAGGGUCAACAGGUGGAGGCAUCCAUCAGAAUGGUGGGGACUGAAGAGGACUCCACAAAUCCUAUACAGGACUUACAGGCACCUGUAGGUGUUUGUGUGGAACUGAUUGAAAACAAGGUGCAGACUUCAGAGUCAGUUACAGAACACAAAGAAAUACAUUCAUCCAAUGACAGCACAGGUGAUCUGGUGGAGAAAUCUGAUUUACCUGUUAGUGACAGUGAUAACUCAAGCAAAGCUCAUAUCCAGGACGAUUCAGACAAAAUUAAGAGUGAUGAACUGGAGGACAUGUUAAUGACGUUUGCAGACGUGGACCCAGAAUAAACCAGCUGUGGUAUCCCAGCAUAUUAAUGUUUGUUAAAUGUUCAAUAAAGAGAUACUA